CACUGUUUCAACACGCAAAAUUCAGGUGUGCAUCUCUGCGACAAGGGUUAUGAUGACUCUGCAGAAGGGUCAUUGGCAAGCGUUCAGUAGAGUUUUCGGCUGUGAUACUAGCCUCAUCAGUAUAUGCGGGUCGCAGCCAGCGUUGACAGGCACUGCCCGGUUAUGUUUACAUCUUGUCUGGACUACUCAAAUACCGGUUGUUAGAGAGUCUUCGGGCUCUGGACAUGUUCAAAUUGUGGCGCCGCCAGGCGGUACUCUGCGAUUUGAGGAACAGCGCCGCCAUAUAGCGGAAUUGCAAGAGCUAUGGAGACACAUCAAGGUGGACCUUCCCCCCCAGUUGUCUCGACGCCAUAUUGGUAUGAUCUCAAUUGGAGGGGUCAUAGGUACCGGCCUAUUUCUAGGAUCUGCGUCUGCUUUGCACAACGGCGGUCCUCUUGGAGCAUUGUUGGGAUAUGUUGUAGUGGGCUCUGUUGUGUUUGGUCUCUGUGUGUCCAUAGGAGAGAUGAUUGCUUUUCUGCCCAAUGUUGGAGGUCCAGUUGGUCUGGCUGAUCUCUAUGUGGAUCCUGCCCUAGGCUUUUCUCUGGGAUGGGCAAGUUGGUAUAACUGGACUGCAGAGAUCAGUGCAGCUACUGUAGUUGUAGGGUUUUGGACUAAGGCUAUCCCUCCUUGGAUACUUACAGCUCUAUUUCUCUUUAUGGCUACAGUUGUCAACUGCUUUCCUUCACAUGUCUAUGGAGAACUUGAGUUUUGGUUCUCAACAAUCAAAGUACUUACUAUUGUUAUAAUGAUUAUUGUCUCUCUUGUGUUAGAUAUUGUUCCAGGUCAAGAUGGAAGGUCACUUGGAUUUUCCAAUUGGCAAGAACCAUUUGCUCAAUAUCUCAGCCUUGAUGGUGCCAAGGGCAGAUUUCUUGGAUUUAUAUCUGUCUUAAUGCAAGCUGCCUUUUCAUUCUCUGGAUCUGAAGUACCUGGCAUUGCAGCAGGAGAAGUAAUUGAUGCAACUAGAAAUGUUCCCAGAGCUCUUUGCCGUGUAUGGAUUCGUAUAUGAGCUGUGUUCAAAUCUAAUGAGCUUUAGAAUACUUCUCAUCUAUACUUAGUGCAUUCUUCUAUAUUGGCAGUGUAUUUUUUGCUGGUCUUUUAGUCAAUGCCAAGAAUAAAGAACUAGGAAGUAA